CUCCACCAAAAGGUCGAUAGGGCUCUUGAAUAUAUUCGCCACUCCAACCGGUUCUUGAAAUGCUAUAUUCAUCAUCUUAUCUCACUCCAUUAUGGUACCUCCACUCAACUCUCAAGACGACCGUGCAGCGUUCGUGGACGCUUGUAUCAAUAAGCGUAAGAAAGCGAUGCAUGCUUGGGAGUCACUUGGCUUGAUCAGUGAGAAGCUGCACGAUGAGCAACACGGCUACUUUGUCAACAAGGGAAAAGCCGACAAGGCUAACGAACUGCAAAGAGUGGUUGAGGGAAUUGCAAAGUCGUUUACUACGUCGUAUCGUGGCACCAUUGAGGAGCUCCACAACUAUCUAACUGAAGAAAGCGCCUUCUCAGACGACGUCCUCCGGCUCGGACAAGAAUUUGGAGUGAAGAUAUGGGGUCGUAUAGAAGAUGGUGAAAUACGCUCUUCAGGCGAAUCACAAGGAAACGGGAUCGAGGAGCAAGACUGGGACGACCCGAAAGACCGCAAGAAUAUUCUAUUCUACAUCCGAUGCUGGAUCAUAUGCACCGUGGUCAGAGAGUACAGGGCGACCCCACGAAAAGGCAAAGCGAAAGGUCGGACCCGGGACUUGAGUCCAUCUCAAGACCAACAAAAUGAAGAUACCGUGGAAGAUCUCGCGGAAAUUGACAGCCCUAGAACCAUAGGUGCAUCAUUUCGGGCGCCAGAGCCACCACGUAUGUAUCCAACACCGGAACCGCGCAGAGAUACAGCAUCCACCAGUGCCAACGGCAAGACUGCAAGCACUAGUUUCAGCUCCGUGAACAAGACUAUAACACCAAAUAAGAGGAAAGCGCAGUAUGCUCAUGAGCGAACACCUUCUGGGAAGCUUCCGAAGCCUUCAAAGGGCGGUCGAACGAUCUCAGUUCUCACUCAUCAGCAACGCGAUCCCUACUCAGUCCCCACAUCUCCGCCCGCGUUCCCAAAUCUAGCCCGCCCAUCAUUCGAAAGACGAAGAGAGACUACGUAUGACUCAGAUGCGACUUGGGUGCCGCCUCGUGAAGAGACUGCAGACGCGGAAACGGUGGUCGAUGCGGAAGAUAUUCAUCCAGGAGAAGUCGACUCGCAAAUCCAAAACGAUAUAGCUACAUCCAACGCAGAUGAGAUACAAUACGAGAACGAGAAUGAGAACGAGAAUAUCGCCGGCCCAUCAGGCACCUACCGAAACCCGCUCAGACAAGACUCCGUCAUACCAGACACACAAACGCAAAACGACACAAUAGACGGCAUCAUCUACCCUCCAAGUGGCCAACUCAACCAAAACGACGAAGACAUAUCAAGCGAUGCAUACACCGACGCCAUAAUCCGCUCGCUCAUCUCUGAUCCCUCCUCCACAACCCGUCAAACACGUGUCUACCGUCUCGAACUCUACAGACUACUCGUCUCUUAUCUAAAUGGCAUCAAGAACUUCGACCCCUCCAACUACGAUUCCGCGGCUGAAGAACGAAUGGAUUUCCUGCUUAAUCAAUUUCACUGUACCCAUGCGGAUGCCUGGUAUGCCGAUCACAACGACAGCGCACUCCGUCUACAUCUCGCAUUCGAAAAGUGGAUGAGUAUGCGUCACCGCCUCGCCGCUUUUCGCAGUGUGACAGGUUACUUUGGCCCGCCGGGAAGGCAGUGGGAGGAAUUUCUGAGGGGGCUGGAUGAUGUGCCGCAUGCGGAGGCUAUCUUGGCUUUUGUUGAUCUGAAGGAUGCCGAGGAGGGGGAAGAGGGAGGAAGGGUCCUUGGGAAUGGGUUUGAUGAGGACCUCAUGAUGAUGUUUGAUAGGCUGACGAUGUUUCCGGAUUGUAAUGGGCCGGAGGCGUUCAAGGGGGUGAGAAAAUUUAAUGAAAGGCUGUUGGUGUGGUUUAGGGAUGAGUGAAUGGGUGGAGGGGGUUACGACGUUAUGAUGAUAGAUAUGAUUUCCUAUGCCAUGUAUUAACGAAACACUUUGCUUUCCUUGCUUUCUCUAAUCCUUGUGUGCCACACGUAGAUUAAGUAAUUGGGGUAUCAGUCGUUGAGCUGGAAUAGUAGUACAUUAUAAAACCACCAAUUCUGAUCGCUUACGCUGUGUUCUACAGCGA